GCUGCCAGUGCUAUCUCCUCCUGGUCCUCGGUCCAGGCCUCUCACGCCCUCCAGGACAAACCCUGGACUCUUCUCCUUCUGCCUCUCCCCUCUCUUUCUCCUUCAGGUGACGGCAGGAAGACGGUUCUCCUCAAGUCCAACGAGUGUUCCUCCGAGGUGCUCAACCUCCUUGCCAAUAAGGCAUGCCAGUGCUAUGUGGCCCUCGGCGAUUGGUCCUCGGUGCAGGAGUGGCAGGCCAGCGUGCACGCCCUCAAGAAGAACCCUGGUAACCCUGCCGCAGCGAGCGUGCACCUGAAGACAGACUUCAACUACGUACGGGCACUGAGCUGCUUCGAGGACGGAGACUUCCCAGAAUGCCGUGCUCAGCUGGAGCUCCUGGCGGGGGAGAGAGACGACUACGGCCUGCUCAACUCCACCUCUACUGGCUCCAAGGACAAACUAGACCUGAAGCGUCUCCUCCCGGCAGUGUUGAGUCCGGACCCCUCAGAACUGCAGAAGGCCAUUGAGGUGCAGCUGCUGCGGAGCGCUGUGGCUGCCAUGACAACGGCCAAUCACGAGCAGGAACAGAAGGCCAUGCCCACCUCGGAUACCCUGGUCCGUUACCUGAAGCAGACGGGUCGUAUCUCUCUGGGUCCCCUCCGCCUCUCCACCCUCACCCUCUCUGACGGCCUGCCCACUCUGGCCACCCUGCAGCUAUACUGCUGCUCUGCCCUGGAGAACACACUGAGCGGACAGGAGGACUGUCUGAUCCCUCUGUACAGUGAAGCUCUCAGCACCUGUAAACAACAGGACGUCCAGCCGUGGCUCCACGCACUGAGAUACACCAUCUACCAGAGACAGCUACUGCUCAGGCUGAAAGGCUCCUCUGCUCCGCUGGAUGGCCACCUGAUGGAACUAUGUCUGACGGCCGUCAAGUUCGCCCGGAAACAGGGGAACAUCGCCCUGGCAACGCGUCUGCUGGGCCAGUGCAGCGAGGAAGAGGAGGAGGAGGAGGAGGGGUUGAGCCGUGCGUUCAGGCGUCUGUCACUAGCGGGUGCUGUGGGGGAGAAGUGGGGACCUGAACUACAGAUCGAGAAGGCUAAAGUCCUCUGCACCGCGGGUCAGUCCCUGGCAGCCAUGGAGAUGUUGAGUUCCUGUGCUCUGUCUUUCUGUCGCUCAGGAAAGUGUGAGCGAGCGGCCUGUCGCUCCGUCCUCACUCUGUGUAAGUGGCUGCUGGCGGACUGGAAGGACAUGACCCCUCAGCUCAAACAGGUGGUGAAGAGGUCAGGGGUCAUGACCCCAGGGGUCGCCGCCUUGCCCCCCAUCAGCCGGAAUAUCACAGCCCUGCUGGAGCUACCCCUAGAGGACCAGGGCAUGCCCCGAAUCACAGCUGAGACCACAGUGAGUGUGGGUGUAGGAGAACCAGACUUGGUCCUGGGGCAGCUCUACCAGUUGUCCACCAGUCAGGCUCCGGAGGUGGCCAAGUCCUGGGCGGCUCUCGCCAGCUGGGCCUAUCGUUGGGGACGGAAGGUGGUCGACAACGCCAGUCAAGGUGAAGGUGUGCCCCUGCUCCCGGGAGAGAAGAAGGAGAUCGAGGACCUUCUCCCAGAAUGCACCAGUGAGGAGGACAAGGAGAACAUCUUCAGCAUCCUGGGUCAGGCCAUGUGUCGACCUGCUGGAAUACAGGAUGAGGACAUGGCCCUGCAGCAGGAGGAUGAGGAGGAGGAUGACAUGGUGGAUGUGAUCUGGAGACAGCUGCUGUCUGCCUGUCCCUGGCUGGAGGAGCAGGGGGAGGUGGAGGGGGUCCAGGGUGGGGGUAGUGGGGUGAUGGAGGGUCUGAUCCGGGUCUGGAGGAGGGUGGUGGACAGGAUCUUCAGUCUCUACAGGGUCUCCUGCGGUGCCUACUUCACCUUCCUCAAACUCAACGCUGGACAGGUUCCCAUCGAUGAGGAUGACCCCAAGCUGCUGCUGACCAAUCAGAACAGCAAGCAGAGUAACGACGAUAUCAUCGUCAUGGCGACGCUGCGGUUGCUACGGCUGCUGGUGAAGCACGCCGGGGAGCUGAGGGAGGGGCUUGAGCUUGGGCUCGCCUCAACCCCCACCGCCCCCUGGAGAGGCAUCAUCCCCCAGCUGUUCUCUCGUCUGAACCACCCAGAGGCUUACAUCAGACAGAGUAUCUGUAGUCUGCUGUGUCGCGUUGCCCAGGACUCACCACACCUCAUCCUGUACCCUGCUAUAGUCGGAUCACUGUCUCUGGGAGGAGAGGCCCAGCACGCAGGAAACAAGCUCCCGUCGGCCCUGCCCACCUUCCUGGGCAGCAUGCAGGGGGAGGGGCUGUGUGAGGAAGGGGAGGGGACACUAGGCAGUAACCCCGCCUCCCAGGAAGAAGAUGGGCGGGGUGAGGAGUUUCCUGCGCUGUGUUCCAGCCAGGACCAGGCCAUGAUGCAUGACUGCUACAGCAAGAUAGUGGACAAGCUGUCUGCAGCCAACCCCACUAUGGUGUUACAGGUCCAGAUGCUAGUGGGAGAGCUGCGGCGCGUGACUCUGCUGUGGGAUGAGUUGUGGCUGGGCGUCCUGCAGCAGCAACACAUGCACGUCCUGCGCAGGAUUCAGCAGCUGGAGGACGAGGUCAAGAGAGUGCAGAACAACAACACACUACGCAGGGAGGAGAAGGUGGCCAUCAUGUGUGAGAAGCACUCCGCUCUGAUGCGUCCCGUGGUGUUCGCUCUGGACCACGUGAGGAGCAUCACCACGACGCCCGCCGAGACCCCCCACGAGACCUGGUUCCAGCAGACCUACGGGGACGCCAUCACCUCGGCCCUGGAGAGACUGAAGAGCCCUCACAACCCGGCCAACCCGGCCAGCAGCUGGGUCCCGUUCAAACAGAUCAUGCUGAGUCUCCAGCAGAGGGCUCAGAAGAGGACCAGCUAUCUGCUGCGUCUGGACCACAUCAGCCCCCGCCUGGCUGCCAUGGCGACCACUGAGAUGGCGUUGCCGGGCGAGGUGUCGGCAACGGACGCGUUGACCAUCCAAAGUGUUGGCAACACCAUCACCAUCCUGCCGACCAAAACCAAACCCAAGAAACUACACUUCCUGGGCUCCGAUGGACGCAACUACCCUUACCUAUUCAAAGGUCUGGAGGACCUCCACCUAGAUGAGCGAAUCAUGCAGUUCCUUUCCAUAGUCAACACCAUGUUCACCAAGGUGAACCAGCAGGAGCGCCCCCACUUCCACGCCCGCCACUACUCCGUCACCCCGCUGGGGACGCGCUCAGGACUCAUCCAAUGGGUGGACGGCGCCACGCCGCUGUUCGGCCUCUACAAGCGCUGGCAGCAGAGAGAGGCCGUGCUGCAGGCUCAGAAGGCCCAGGAUUCGUUCCAGCAGCAGCCCCAGCCCCUCCCUCUGGUUCCACGGCCCAGUGAGCUCUACUACAGCAAGAUAGGCCCCGCCCUGAAGGCGGUGGGGCUCAGCCUGGAUGUUUCGCGGCGCGAUUGGCCGCUCAGCGUGAUGAGGGAUGUGCUUAAGGAGCUGAUGGCGUCCACGCCCCCUAACCUGCUGGCCAAAGAGCUGUGGUGCUCCUGUACCACGUCUAGCGAGUGGUGGAGGGUCACACAGUCCUACGCCAGGUCCACUGCUGUGAUGUCUAUGGUGGGCUACAUCAUUGGCCUCGGCGACCGUCACCUUGACAACGUGCUGAUUGACAUGACGACGGGAGAGGUGGUGCACAUCGACUACAACGUCUGCUUCGAGAAAGGGAAGAGCCUGCGUGUACCAGAGAAAGUGCCGUUCCGUAUGACCCACAACAUAGAGACGGCCCUGGGAGUCACUGGGGUGGAGGGCAUCUUCAGACUGUCCUGUGAACAGGUGAUCCAGAUGAUGCGUCGUGGGCGGGAGACGCUGCUGACCCUGCUGGAGGCGUUUGUGUACGACCCUCUGGUGGACUGGACGGCCGGAGGGGAGGUGGGCUUCGCCGGGGCCGUGUACGGAGGGGGGGGGCAGCAGGCGGAGAACAAGCAGAGCAAGAGGGAGAUGGAGAGAGACAUCACACGCUCCCUCUUCUCUUCCCGUGUGGCUGAGAUCAAGGUGAACUGGUUUAAGAACCGUGAGGAGAUGUUGGGGGUCCUGCCCCAGGUGGAGGGGGCAGUGGAGGAGUACCUCACCCUGCAGAAGCUGCUCUCUCAGGGGGACAAGAUGACCACCAAGAUCCUGGAGGAGAUGAGCUUCCUGGAGGGGGCUGAGAGCUGCUCAGACCACCUCAUACUCACCCUGGAACACAGGUACUCUGAGCACACCCAGCUAGCAUCUCGUCAGCGUACCGUCCAGGAGUUGAUCCAGGGGAAGCAGGGUGACCUGGACCAGUGGAUGUCCCAGUACCAAGCAGCCUUCAGCAGCCUGGAGGCCACACAGCUGGCCAGUCUACUGCAGGACAUCAGCAGUCAUAUAGACCUGGGCCCUCCCAGCUACGUCCCGGCCACAGCCUUCCUGCAGAACGCCGGCCAGGCCCACCUAAUCAGCCAGUGCGAGGGCCUGGAGGCUGAGUUGGGCUCCCUGCUGCAGCAGCGCCGUGGGGCCCUGCGAGGCUGUCUGGAGCAGCUGCACAGCUAUGCCACUGUGGCCCUGCUGUACCCGCGGGCCGUGCUGCUGCGCCACAGGGCCCACCUCUGGAAACAGUGGCUGGAAGAGCUGCUCUGUGACAUGACUGUUGACCACUGCCAGCAGAUCUCCAGACAGUAUGAGGUCCAGUUUGCCCCCCAGCCUCCCCUUGCGUCGUGCCAGUUCCUGUCCAGCGUUGAGCUGGCCCUGCAGCACCAGGCGUCAGAGACCAACACGCGUGUCCUGCGCCAGGCGGAGCGUGUCAAGGCCGAGGGAGCCACGGUCCAGGCGUGUGAAGAACAGCUGCAGGAGAUUGAGCGUUGCAUCAGUGUGUUCCUCCUAGAGAACCCAGAGCAGGGCUCUCUCAGCCUGGCCACCAUCAUCUCAUCAGCCCUCUGCACCCUCACCAGGCGUAACCUGGUGAUGGAAGGAGCAGCGGCGGCGGCAGGGGGGCAGCUGGUAGAGUUGACGUCUCGUGACGGGGCCUGGUUCCUGGAGGAGCUGUGUUCCAUGAGCGGUAAUAUCACCUCAUUGGUCCAGCUGCUGGGGCAGUGUCAGCUCCUCCCACACGACCUGGACCUGCCCUCGCCGCAGGAGACCGCCCAGACAGUCUACCUGGCCAACGCCGUCUACACCUGUCUACAGGAGCUGAACACUAACUUCCGUCAGAUCAUCUUCCCGGAGGCUCUACGCUGCAUGUUGAAGGGCGAGGCCACCCUGGAGACCAUGCUGUCGGAGCUGGACCUCUUAGUGGAGCAGUGUGCAGACGGGGUCUCCCUGCAGGGGCUGGCCGACGCCCUGCACACACACCUCCGCAGCGCCGCCAUGGGCCUGGAGCACGAGGCGGACACACAGUGUCUCCACAUCACCAGGAUGUUGCGGGCCCAGUACUGCCAGCUGAUGCAGCCUCCAGGGGCCAGUAUGGACGCCGUGGGACAGGACUCUCCUAAGAUGUCCGCCGGUCAGAUGCUGCUGGUGGCCUUUGAUGGCAUGUUUGCUCAGCUAGAGACCGCCUUCGGGCAGCUCACAGAGAAGAUGAUUUCCAUGGAGGUGCCGCCAGCGUGGCGGAAGGUGGAUGUGAUGCGUGAGGCGCGGGCGGCCCAGGUCCAUUUCUUCCACAGCGGUCCUCACAGACAUGUUCUGGAGGAGAUCUUCUUCCUCAAGAGACUCCAAACCAUCAGGGAGUUUUUCAGGCUCUGUGGAUCCUUCGCUCAGACACUCUCUGGUACGUGCCCCCCAGUGUCUGAGGACCCUCCUCCCUCCAACGGCCCAGUAGUGGGUCUGGGGGGUGUAGGUCUACCAGGGAAGCCCCUGUUCCGGGGGGCGGCGGCGGUGGUAGUGAGCGAGGAGCAGAUGACCCGGCCCAUCAAGGCAUUCACAGCGGAGUUUGUCCGUCAGAUGCUGAUUGGUCUUCCCACCCAGACCCUGGGUCUGUCUCUCUGCAGCACUCUGUCCGCCCUGGGUCUGGAUCUUACCGCGCAGGUGGAGGCCAAGGACUUCGGAGCCGACGGCAAGGUGUCGCUGGAUGAGUUGUGUAAGCAGACGGUGAUGCAGGGUCUGGGCGCAGGCCGUAUGUCUCAGCUGCUACUGAACAGAGGCACGGUGCUGGCGUCCUCCUACGACACGGCCUGGAAGAAACUGGACCUGCUCAGACGCCUGGAGACCAGCCUGGACGCUGCCAAGGUCUCCCUGCAACGCACCCAGCUACACAUCACCAUGUUCCAGUGGCAGCAUGAGGACGUGCUCGGCCCUAGGACCCAGCCGAUGAGUGUGAGCCCUCCUCCUCCUCGCUCCAUCAUCCUCAGUAGUAUGAAGAAGAAGCUUUACAAACUCAGCCAGGACGAGGCGGCCAUCGCUGCUGUCCAGGAGAAGCUGGCAUCACUAGAGGGCAGUAUAGAGCAGCGUCUGAAGUGGGCCGGAGGGGCCAACCCUGCCCUGGCCCCGGUGCUCCAGGACUUUGAUCUGACCAUCGCAGAGCGCCGCGCCCUCGUGGCCCGGGAGAGCCAGCGUACCAGCCAG